ACUGGGCCUGUAAACCCUUAGGCCCAUUACAGGCCCAAACCAGCACAAAGACAUAAAACUAAACGCGCGGUCGACUGAAUACUUCUCUUUCCAAAGCAAAGCAAGUUGUAGGGUUUUAGCUUUCACCAAAAAAUCAAAGAAGCAAUGCCGAAGUCGAAGCGUAACAGAGCCGUUACUUUAUCUAAGACGAAGAAGAAGGGGAAGGAGCACAAAGAAAACAUUGUUAAUUCAAUAAGGGAAUGUGCUGAAAAGUAUAGUUCAGUGUAUGUAUUUAGUUUCGAGAACAUGAGAAAUCUCAAGUUUAAGGAGUUCAGAGAUCAGCUUAAGUCUUCUAGCAGAUUUUUCCUUGGUUCCAACAAAGUCAUGCAGGUAGCACUAGGCCGUUCAGUUGCCGAUGAGAUUCGUUCCGGCCUCCAUAAGAUUUCUAAGCUUGUGCGUGGAGAUUCGGGCCUUUGCUUUACUAACUUAUCAAAGGAAGAGGUCCAAAGGUUGUUUAACCAGUAUGAAGAAUAUGACUUUGCAAGGACUGGCACUAUAGCAACAGAAAAGGUGGAUCUACAAGAAGGCCCUCUUGAUCAGUUCACACAUGAGAUGGAGCCAUUCCUGCGAAAGCAAGGGAUGCCAGUUCGGUUGAACAGAGGUGUCGUGGAGCUUGUGUCUGACUAUGUUGUGUGUGAAGAAGGGAAGCCAUUGUCACCAGAGGCAGCUCGGAUACUGCGUUUGCUUGGUAUCAAGAUGGCUACUUUCCGGCUCAACUUAAUAUGCCGGUGGUCUCCUGAUGAAUUUGAACUCUACAGAGAAGGAUUGGAAGAAUCAGAUAUUGAAUCCUCAUAGACUGCUCCUAAAUCUCUAAGUCAAGACAUAUGCUUUACAAGAUUAAAGUUUGGGCACCCGGAUCCUAUAACCUCUUGCUAGCUGAAGGUUAUAAAUGGAGUGCUUUUUACCUGGUCUCAGAAAUACUACUUGACCGGUCAUCAGUUUUGGCAAUAUGAACUUUGGCAUUCAGACCCCAGUAUGUGUGCGUGUAAGGUGUUUAAAUUAUUUGACUGUUCAAUGUAACAGAUUUUUAUGUAAAAUUUUUCCUACCAUAGCAUAUCUUGGCUACUUCAAAUUGUGUUCUCAACAUUCUUUGAUGGUUUAAUUUAAGAUCUUUCUUGAUGUAUGCCUAUUGUGAGGCAUCCUAA